AUGCAGACUGCUUCUACAAAACAUCUGUGAAAGAAUGGGUCGCUCUCAGGAGCUCAGUGAAUUCACUCGUGGUACCAUGAUAGGUUGCCACCUGUGCAAUAAGUCCAUUCAUGAAAUUUCCUGGCUACUAAAUUUUCCACGGUCAACUGUAAGUGGUAUUAUAACAAAGUGGAAGCAACUGGGAACAAUAGCAACUCAGCCACGAAGUGAGCGGGGUCAGCGCAUGCUGAAGUGCACAGUGUGCAGAAGUUGCUAACUGUCUGCAGAGUCAAUAGCUAAAAAAACCUCCAAACUUUGCGUGGCCUUCAGAUUAGCACAACAACAGUGCAUAGAGCGCUUCA